UACACAGUUUGUAGUUUAAAUGUAGUGUGAAUGAUCAUUUAGAUUAUUUUUAAAUCCCGACAGAGGAACACGGGUAAAGGAAUCCACUUAUGACUUUAUAAACUAACUAUAACAUGAAUUGAACGUUAGUUAAAUCCGGAGCUAGGCAGCUAAUUAGUUAGCUAGAUCUUUUCGCUAAAUCCGAUUUGAACGUUUUUGGGUGGUUAACUUUGUAUUCUGUAUUUGCAUGUUUCCGUUUUUAAAAUGAUCCAGAUCUGCCUUUGGUUGCUGGUUAUUUAGUUAAUUAUUCAUAUAUAGGUUCGGCAGAAGAGUCUUAACCUGCUCAGUCUCUUCCAGUCUCUCUGCAGGUGAUGGAUCCCCUGAACAGUCUCUCCAACUUCGAGUCAGAGAUGGAGUCUGAUGGACAGGGCUCUUACUCCCUCUUCCCAGCUUUGGACAACAUAUCGAGUCUGGCAGGAGCACAUGAGACUCUGGAGACCGAACCAUCAGGAGAAGUCGUCGACAAACCGAACCUCACAUGGCUUGACGCUGCCCAGAUUGUUCUGGAAGAGGCGGGGCGUCCGAUGCACAUCAAGGAGAUCAAGCAGAGGAUCAUCGAUCGGGGAUUGGUGCAGUCAAAUGCAAAGUCAAGCCUUGAGGCUGUGAUGUACCGUGAGACACAAAAAGGGAGCAGACGCUUCAAGAGGAUUGAGAACAGAAAUGGAGUCUUUGCUCUGUUGACUGAUGAGGAGAGACAGCAGGCUCUGCAGGCCUUUUCUGCGCAAUCAGCCUUCUCGAGCUCGGGUUCCUCUCUGCCCUCUGGUUCCCCUCACGGCCACUCGGAGCACAGGCCAAGACUCAAAAAGGCUCUCCGCAAGAACCAGACCGAGAAGUACAGGCUUAAGUACCUCCGUCUCCGGAAGGCUGCUCGCGCCAUGAUCUUUGAGAAUGCAGCACUAGGUGAUGAGGUCGCCCGCUUGGAGGAGAAAUUUGUUCGGGCAAAGGAAGAGAGGAGGUUCUUGCUGAAGACUCUAUUGCAGUACCAGUCGUUGGCGGAAGGCGAGCUGCUCCCAACCCCUGGGAGCAGUGCUCACACUCCCGCCUCCUUCAGCUCCAGUGCAGCAGGGGGUGCUGUCGUACCCACAGGCCAAAGCCAGGUUUCUGGACCUUCAGGGCCUGACGAUGGCUUUCCGAAGAAACCCAAGAAAGAACGAAAGGAACGAGGGAAGGAGAAUGGAAGAGAAGAAGUGACCAAAAAGAUGUCCAAGAAGAGGAAAAUGGCCGAGGGUGGAAAGCGUAAAGUGGUCCAGCCCAUCCCACUGGACUCCUCUGGCAGGCCUGUGUUUCCCAUCGUAUUGGGAGGGCUCACUGUCUACAGCCUGGGCGAGAUCAUCACCGAUAGAGUUCACUUCCAUGAUGAAAGCGCCAUUUACCCGGUAGGCUUCUGCAGCACGAGAGUGUUUGCCAGCAUGAAGAACCCGGAGCAGCAGUGCCUCUAUACCUGUCAGAUUAAAGAUGGCAACCAGGGACCACAGUUUGAGAUCGUACCUGAAGAUGACCCACAGAACUCCAUCGUGGCCUUGUCAGCUCUGAGCUGCCAUGCAGAUCUGCUGAAAGCCAUCGCUGCUAAGAGAGGCAAGCCUUUGACCAACAUCAUCCCCACUGGCGCGGACUUCUUCGGUUUCUCGGACCCGACCAUUCAGAACUUGAUUCAGAGCUGUCCAGGAGCUCGCAAGUGCAGCAAUUAUCAGUGGGUGCGCUUCGAGGUGUGUCGACCCGGAGACGGACACGUCUCCUCUCACACACUGUCCGAGGAUGACGCGUCGGUCAAUUUUGAAGCCUUUCAGCGCCUGCUGCAUGGCGAGGACCUCGGGAGCAAUCAGGGACUGCCUACAGACCAGAGCAAUACAGUGCGACCCACACAAUCCAGUGUUUCAUCACAUCAACACUUACUGAGUUCAGCAUCUCUACAGACACCUGCAGGGGGCUCUCUUUCCACCGCCUGACCUCACACCCUGCUACAAAAGCUUAUUUAUCAUAUUGAACCCAGUAAUAUAAAGUGGAUCGGAUAGGUUCGGCUUGUUAAAGCUCUGCUGUCUAUAUACGUGUAGUAGAUCAGACACGUCAGCUCGUUGCUCACAACAGGAGUGAAAUAGACACUUUAAUAUUAUACGUAUACAUGCAUAUAAUAACAUUAUACACAGGUUUCAAAGUUCAGUAGGUCAGUACCGCUUGACAUCCAAGUUGCCAUAUUGUAAAGCGUGCUUAUGUGCUUUAAUCCUUUACAUCCUCUGAGUGAUUCAAGACAGAACAGUGUGCACCGAUCAGAUUCAGCCCUAAAGCUUAUUUUUCUUUCAGGUUCAUACAGUUUCGUGUUGUCAAGCCUGUUCUGAGAGCCUGAAUGCUGUUAGUGCUACUUAGCUUUUGUCACACCGCUGUAAUCUUAAGUAACAUUCUGGAUGUACGGCACUGUGCAAAAAAAAAAAAGGCCUAUUUUUUAAUACAAAUUUUGUAGUAGAUGUUCUUUUAUGACAAAAAAAAAUAGCAGAUUAGAUGUUCAAUGAACAAUAAAUGUCGCAGAAAGAAGUUUGUAUGUCAGCGAGCAAAGCAACAUAUGUAACAGACCACAAAAAACAAUGAAGGACACUGGGUUUUGCAUGCGAAAAUAGAGAGAGAGGAAAAAAAAAAGAGAAGGUAGUGCUACAGUGAAAGAACUUUCCAAGACGCUCAGUAAAACUUCCAACAGCCGAUUUCCUUAUAAAUAAUGCACAAAGUAUACCUGAGAGUACUGAUGUAUUUUUUUAAAAAGCAAAUGGUUGUCACACCGAAUAUUGACAUUGUUUAGUUCAUGAUUAACGUGUACAGUAGGGUCUUCAAUCUGAUCCGCAAAGGCCUAGUCUGACUGCAGGCUUUCACUCCAACCAGGAUUGAAAUCAGUUGUAAUCAGUUCACCUUCGUCUCUAAUCAGCUACCACGUGUAUCUCCAGUUUGGUUGUAAAGGAAGGCCUGCAGCCACAUUUAUUUAUUUAUUUAUUUAUUUUAGAUAAGAUUGAAGACUAGUUUAAUGCCAUUCAUUUUUAAAGCAUCUGUAUGCUUUCUGUAUUUCUAUACAGUUCUGUAUGUCUGUUAAGUAACAUUGCCGGAGCGCACGAUCUUUAACAUAAAUCACACACACAUAGGAGUGUCUUCAUGAUGUACGCAUGAUCAUCACACCGGAAGAUCCAUACAGCUCAUGUCUUUAAUGAAAGCUGAUUGUUCUGACUUUUAUUAUAAUCCUCAUAACAAACGAUGAACCUAGGAUAUAUUUGUGCUAGGAUCUCAAAAACACGUGCCUAAAAUCCCAGAAGCGCUGCUUUGAUGACGGUUCCUUUUUAAAUGCUAUCUAUAUUUUAUUGCUCUGUUUUUCAAUCUCGACCAAAGCUUUGUUCUGAUUUGAUUAUGCUGUAGCAGGACGUGAUAGGGGGAAAAAAAACUGUGAUGGCUUCUUGGAGUGUCUUUAUGUCUUUGUGAAGAAAAAUCUCAAAGCCUCUUUUACAACAGGAUAUAAUUGCAUCUUUAGUAAUAUGUCAGUUUGGAUCGGACUGUCGUUGCCUGUGGUUACUUCUACAGGAAUGCGCAUUCCUUGAAAAUGACUGACAUUACGGGUUCAGAAGAGACUGAAAUCCCAGAUACUCCAGUAAUAAGUACAUUACCCCACGUCUCCAUGUAAAACUAAUCCAGUCUGAAUAGAGCUUAUGACUACAAUGCAGAUGUUGUAGCGUUAAAGGUAAAUAGCAGUACAUGUAUUCCUUAUUACAUGUGUAGUGAAAUUGUAACUCUUCAUUUAAGUCCAUUUCAGCCACUGUAGGCGUUUAUAUUGGAAACUAAUUCAUGUAUUUUUUUUUUUCCACCAAUUCCACCAACAAGCACAAGAGGGCACUGUCACUGUAUAAGUAAAUGCCUGAGUUUGGUCAUUACAGGGUUUGAGUUAUAUGAUUAUAAGAUUUAUAGCAUUUCAGAAUAUAGAAAUAAUUAACAGGAAAAUCAGACUGCAUGAUGAAACAAUACGUGAGUCAUACACAAUGUAUGUGACAUGCAGUUUACCUACCAGACAGUGAAAAAAGGGUCCUGCGCUUGUGAUUGGAAGGUUGUGUGUUCAAAUUCCUGGACUACCAGAGAGGUCUCUAAGCAAACCUUGAACUGUUCAGCUCUGUGCUUUGAUGCUGGUAAUUUUAUUUAUUUAUUUAUUUAUUUAUUUAUUUUUUAACGUAAAAGCAUCCGUCGAUUGAAUAUAUAGAAAUGUAAUGCAGGUGAAAUUUUCUUUAGUCAGAAACACCUAUAAUUUUUUACUUUUCUUCCUCCUUAUACUGUAUUUGAACAACAAAUGCUGAUGAAAUCGUCCACCUGCGCUGAUUGUCACCAGAAUGUAACAUCAUACAGCGCAUACAGUAUUGAGUGUCAGGAUAAAGGGGAAAGAACAUAACAUUUCAAGCAGAAUCACACACAAACUGUUUCCUUGACCUCAUUCAUUCCCCUAAUAUGCCUUAAGGGCUUGUCUUGUGGAAAAGAUAAGACACUGGGCCUGGAUUUUUGGAGAAGACCAGCAUGUUACCAGGAAACGAUAGUGACCUGCUUUAUCAAGCGCACAAUGUGCUUAAUGAAGGGAGGAGCAGACAUCCUGAGAUCCACAGCAGGUGUGGAGGGAGGAGGAGGAGGAGGAGGGGGGGGGGCACUGAUGUGUGUGAGUGCUUUUUAGGAGGACUUCACUUCCCACGUUUCCUCACGGACGGGUGGUGACAGGAAGGCAAUAGUCAUUUCCGCCCAUUGCCAGUCUGUAAGGGGGCAAAGGUCAACACUGUCAUAUGCACGAGUCUAUGUUCUCAUUUAACUGAUUCACUUUCUCCACUACUCAGAUACACACACACACACAGUGGCUCGCUUUAUUCAGGCUAAACACAGAUUAUAACCUGUGUAUGGAUGUCUAUAGAGCGUAGAAGCUGACAAAAGUAUUUAAAUAUGAAUUUUGUAUAUUUGAAUUAUAUACGCAUCGCAUUGAA